UCCUGUCUCAUCUUUGACUUGAGGAAAACACGUUCCAGAUUCCCAGAGUUGGGUGGCUAGAUGUGAAAUCAAGGAUUCAGUUCCAACUGAGGGCAUUUGCUUAGGAACGUUGGCCCAAGAAAGAUUGCCAAUGGAUAGUAACUGGUAUCUCAGGAUGGGAGAAUCUGAGGGACGGAAAGUUAGGUCAGAGAGACAGCAGGGCCCCAAGGAGGGACAGACCCAACAAGGGACAAUCACUCCAAAAAACCCCUUUAAUACGGGGAGUGUACCCAAACGUAAUAUAUUUGUUAGGCAUUUGAACCUGAGGCCAAUCCUUUUUCCACAAUGGAGAGGUAAUGUGGAAGAAGGAUUCCAUAAGUAUGAUACGUUGGGAAAGAAAGCCUUUGGCAAAAAAUCAAAUCUUAAAGUACAGCAGGAAAUUGAUAUUGGAGAAAAUCUCUUUGAAUGUGACGUAUGUUGGAAAACCUUUAGUAAACAUUAGAGAACUCACACUGGAGUGAAAUUGUUUGACUCUACUCACUGUGACAAAAGCUUCAGUGAUGAUGGAACAUGUAUUGGACAUCAGAAACCUCAUUCUCAGAGGAAACCCUUUGAAUGUGAUGAAUGUGGGAAAUCCUUCACUAUAGAAAAACCCCUUACUAAUCACUGGAGAAUCCACACUGGAGUGAAACCCUUUGAAAGUAAAGAAUGUGGCAAAACCUUUCUUCAGAAGGGCUACCUUAAUAGGCAUUUAAGAACUCAUACUGGAGUGAAACCCUUUGAAUGUAAUGAAUGUGGCAAAGCUUUCUCUAUAAGGACAUCCCUUAUGAGCCAUGAGAGAAUUCACACUGGAGUAAACCCCUUUGAAUGUAAUGAAUGUCAAAAAGCCUUCACUUGGAGGAGAAAUCUUAUCAGCCAUCAGAGAAUCCAUACUGGAGUGAAACCCUUUGAAUGUAAUGAAUGUGGGAAAGCCUUUCUUCAAAAGGCACACCUUACUAGCCAUCAGAGAUCUCAUACUGGAAUGAAACCCUUUGAAUGGAGUGAAUGUGGGAAAACCUUCUGUGAGAAGACAUACCUUAAUAUCUAUGAGAGAACUCAUACUGGAAUGAAACUCUUUGAAUGUGAUAAAUGUGGGAAAGCCUUCAUUCGGAAAGAAUACCUUAUCACCCACCAGAGAAUCCAUACUGCAGUGAAACCCUUUGAAUGUAAUGAAUAUGGCAAAGCCUUCAGGGAGAGAGGCAACCUUAAUAGCCAUAAGAGAACUCACACAAAAGUGAACCAUUUCAAUAUGAUGAAUGUGGCAAGGCUUUCAGUGAAAGGGACAGCCUUAACCAUCAGAGAACUCACACCAGAUAAAUCUCUUUGAAUGUUAGGAAUGUAGGAAAACAUUCAUUAGGAUGAGAAGCCUCAUCAGCCAUCAGAAAUUCAUACUGGAAGGAAACCUUUUGGAUAUUAUAAGUGUGGAAAAGCCAUUGAUCAGUGUGAAACUCUUAGUAACCAUCAGCAAAUUCACACUGAAAUAAAAACUUUAGUAUAUAAUAAAUAUGAAAAAACUUAAUCAUGGGGAUGGGCAAGGACUCUUAAUAAUCUUCAAAAGACUCAUCCUAGAGUGAAUGAAAUGAUAGUGUGAAAAAGUUUUAAAUAGAUAAUUCGUAAUGUAGAGAAAAUUUUUAAAAAUAAAUA